CUUUAGACCGGAUGUGCUAUCGCUACGGCUAACACCAUUGGAACAGUGAAAUGUUUAUGGGCCUUUGUACUGUCAAGCAUUUACCCAAAAACCGAACAUAAUGUCACUUUCAACAGCACGUUCCUUCUUAUCAGAGGCUUGUUAUGGGGAACAAGAGCUCGACGCUAACUCCGCUCUCAUGGAGCUGGACAAAGGGCUACGGUCGGGGAAGCUUGGAGAGCAAUGUGAAGCAGUGGUGUUGUUCCCUAAACUCUUUCAGAAGUACCCUUUUCCCAUCCUCAUCAACUCAGCCUUUCUUAAGCUAGCAGACAUUUUCAGACUUGGUAACAACUUUCUGCGUCUGUGUGUGCUGAAAGUUACACAACAGAGUGAGAAACAUUUGGAGAAGAUUCUCAAUGUGGACGAAUUUGUUAAAAGGGUGUUUUCAGUCAUCCAUAGCAACGAUCCUGUGGCCAGGGCUAUCACUCUGAGGAUGCUUGGCAGUUUGGCUUCUAUUAUCCCAGAGAGGAAGAAUGCACACCACAGUAUUAGACAAAGCCUGGACUCUCAUGACAACGUGGAAGUGGAGGCUGCCAUCUUUGCUGCUGCAAGCUUCUCUGCACAGUCAAAGGACUUUGCUGCUGGAAUUUGCAAUAAAGUCAGUGAAAUGAUUCAAGGUUUAGACACUCCAGUGGAGCUGAAGCUGAAGUUGAUCCCCAUGCUGCAGCAUAUGCAUCAUGAUGCCAGCUUGGCAUCCAGCAGCAGAGAACUUCUACAGCACCUGGUCAACUCUUACCCUUCAACACCCAUGGUCAUUGUCUCACUACACACCUUUACCCAGCUGGCUGCCUCCUCCCUCAUUGAUAUCCCCAAGCAGUUGCAGCUCCUCCUUCAGUACUUGAGAGAUGAUCCAAGAAAAGCUGUGAAGAGGCUUGCAAUUAAUGAUUUGAAGCUCCUGGCUAAAAAGGCUCCUCAUCUGUGGCUCAGAGAAAAUACUCAGACUCUGUGCGAAUGUGCUUUGACCAUCCCUUAUAACAGUUUGAAGCUGGGGAUGUUGGCUGUCCUAUCCACCCUAUCUGGAACAAUAGCAAUCAAACAGUAUGUCAGUAAUGCGCCAGGUGGUUCUUCGUUGUCUCCCUGGCUCUCUGAUCUGGUUAAACUGGCACAAGAAUGCUGUUACCACAGCAACCUGGCAGUGGCUGCUCAUGGGGUCAUAGUACUCUCCAACAUUGCCAUUUCCUGUCCAGAAAAAGAUGUAAUGCAGUUGGAACAAGACACAGUUUUGGGAGUGGAGUCCCUUCUGAUGCUGUGCAGUCAGGACAGCAGCCCUAGUGCCCAGGCCACACUGAAAACGGCCCUCACUUCAUUGGUGAAACUGCUGAAAAGUCGACCCCACCUUAGCCAGUCAGCCGUGGAAUUCCUGCUCAGCCAGCUCCACCUAUCCUGUGACUCCUCUCGCAUCCUCAUGUGCCACGCUCUGGCAGCCAUUGCCACCCACCUUCCUGUGCUGGGAGACGGCAUGCUGGGAGAUCUAGUGGAUCUCUACCGAGUGGCCAGUCACUCCUCCACUGGCGAGCAACAGGAGCUUCUGGUUUCCUUGGCAACAGUGAUUUUUGUUGCCAGUCAGUCGUCUCUAUCAGCCGAAGUGAAGACAGUCAUCAAACAGCAGUUGGAGAAAGUUGCUAAUGGCUGGACAGUGUAUCGCAUCGCACGGCAAGCCUCGCGCAUGGGAUGCCAUGAGUUCUCCAGCGAGCUGUACCAAUCCCUUCGAACUCGGGUGGCCUCAGAGCACUUCUACUUCUGGCUCAACAGCCUGAAGGAGUUUUCCCAGGCUGAGCAGUGCCUGAGUCACGUGGAGGACGGAAGCUACAGUGGAGCCAUGAGCGCCAUCGCAGAGGCCCUGCGCUCCUACCAAAAGGGCAUCGCCUCCCUCACAGCUGCCAGCACUCCUCUGAGCCCACUUACAUUCCAGUGUGAGUUCAUUAAGUUGCGGAUCGACACACUGCAAGCUCUGUCACAACUCAUUUGUACCUGCAACAGCCUGAAAACCAGCCCUCCCCCUGCCAUCGCCACCACCGUCGCCCUCACCUCAGGCAAUGACCUACAGCGGUGCGGCCGCAUCUCAAUGCAGAUGAAGGUAUGCAUGGAUGAGUUCAGGAGUCUUGCUGCUCGCUACGCUGAUUUACAUCAGUCAUCAUUUGAUGCAGAUUAUGCCACGCUUCGCAAUGUGGAGCUACAACAGCAGAGCUGUUUGCUUGUCUCCCAUGUAAUCGAAGCUUUGAUACUGGACCCGCAGGCAGCCAGUUUUCAGGAGUACGGUACGCUGGGGUCUGUUCAGACAGAGAGUGAAUAUGAGCGACGGAUGAUGUCAGUUUUUAACCGUGUGUUGGAAGAAGUGGAAGGCCUCACCAAGAAACACCCUCCUGUUUCAUACCUGCAUACGAGUUGUCUCUGCGAUGCUGUCAUAGCUCUUCUGAAGGUGCCGUUGUCUUUCCAAAGAUAUUUCUUCCAAAAGCUCCAGUCAACCAGCAUCAAGCUUGCACUCUCUCCAUCACCACGCACACCAAGUGAACCAAUCCCAGUGCAGAACAGUCAGCAGCUGACUCUGAAGGUGGAGGGUGUGGUACAACACGGUUCCACACCGGGACUCUUUAGAAAGAUCCAAUCUGUCUGCCUCAAUGUCACGUCAGUUCUCCAGAGCAAGACAGGACCUGACUACAAAAUUCCACUCGAUAAUAAAACGAAUGAGAUCGAGCAGCGCGUGGAACCUCACAAUGACUAUUUCAGCACCCAGUUUUUGCUGAACUUCACCAUCUUAGGCACACACUCGGUCAGUGUGGAGGCGUCUGUGGUGGAUGAGAGUGGCAUUGAGUGGAAAACGGGGCCCAAGACGAUGGUGUCCGUGAAAUCUCUAGAGGAUCCUUACUCCCAGCAGCUCCGCCACCAGCUGCAGCAAGGUGGAGCCCAGUCUGCUCCACAGAGGGCUGCAUACACUCGCUUUUAGUCAAUUUUCUCUGUGAUUCUCAGUCUGAGCUUGUGUACUUGACCUGUUUUGUCUUGUAGGAAGUGAACCUGUAAAUAUCUUUUUUCUACAAUUAAAAGGCAUUUCAUUGAAACAUUUCA